GAAGCUAUGCCCCAGACAUCUGUGGUCUUCUCCAGCAUCCUUGGGCCCAACUGUAACAGACAGGUGCAGCCUGGCAUGGGGGAGAGAGGAGGUGGGGCCAGCAGCGGCUCCAAGGACCUCAUUUUUCAAGAUGGACGCCUCACUUCUGGGUCCUUGGAGGCCUUGAUGGAGCAUCUGGUUCCAACUGUGGACUAUUAUCCUGAUCGGACAUACAUCUUCACGUUUCUCCUGAGUUCCCGGGUCUUCAUGCCCCCUCAUGACCUUCUGGCUCGAGUAGGGCAGAUCUGCCUGGAGCAGAGGCAACAGCUAGAGGCUGGGCCUGAGAAGUCCCAGGAACCACUCUGGACCCAAAGGUGUACUCAGGUCUGGAUAGGAGAGUGGGAGCUGAAAGUCAGAAAUAGACCUAGAUGUGAGAUGGGGAUCUUGUGUGGUGGUGGUGGCAGCCUCACUGUCAAUCCACUACAGUACCUGAUGCAGCCCCGACCCUCACAGGAGAAUGGCACAGUGAAGAAAGCCAUUGCCCAAAUGAUACAAAGCUUGCUGCUGUCCCUGGCUGCCCGAAGUCAGCUCCAAGAGCUUCGGGAGAAGCUCCGGUCACCCGUUGUGGACAAAGGGCCUGUCCUUAAGGCCAAGCCACCAGCUGCCCAGAAAGACAUCCUGGGUGUGUGCAGCGACCCCCUGGUGCUGGCCCAGCAGCUGACUCACAUUGAACUGGAACGGGUCAACAGCAUCCGCCCUGAGGACCUGAUGCAGAUCAUCAGCCACAUGGACUCUCUGGACAAUCACAGGGUGGUAAAGAAGAAACACCGGACCCGCAUGCUGGAGUUCUUCAUUGAUGUGGCCCGAGAGUGUUUCAACAUCGGGAACUUCAACUCUAUGAUGGCCAUCAUAUCUGGCAUGAACCUCAGCCCAGUGGCACGGCUGAAGAAAACGUGGUCCAAAGUCAAGACAGCCAAGUUUGAUGUCUUGGAGCAUCACAUGGACCCCUCCAGCAACUUCUGCAACUACCGGACAGCCCUGCAGGGGGCGACACAGAGGUCCCAGACAGCCAACAGCAGCCGUGAGAAGAUUGUCAUCCCCGUGUUCAACCUCUUCGUUAAGGACAUCUACUUUCUACACAAAAUCCACACCAACCACCUGCCCAAUGGGCACAUUAACUUCAAAAAAUUUUGGGAAAUUUCCAGACAGAUCCACGAGUUCAUGACAUGGACACAGGUAGAAUGUCCCUUUGAGAAGGACAAGAAGAUUCAGAGUUACGUGCUCACGGCGCCCAUCUACAGCGAGGAAGCUCUCUUCAUCGCCUCCUUUGAAAGUGAAGGUCCUGAGAAUCACAUGGAGAAGGACAGCUGGAAGGCACUCAGGACCACUCUCCUUAAUAGAGCCUGAGGACACGGCCUGCAGAUGCCAGAUGAAGCAGAAAACACGAAUCUUGGUGACAUUGCGACAGAUGCAGGAUAAGAGCAGUGAGGCCUCACUGGCUGGGGUCCAUUUUGUAUAUAACUUUUAUGAAAAAGAAGAUGGUAAUUAUCUCACGCAUCAGCCUUUGGCGCUUACACAGUCCUUUUUUUGUUGUUGUUGUUGUUAUUUAUUUUAAACGGGGCAGGGCCCUGUUUUGGGGAGGGGCGGGAAAGAGUAUCAUGGGAGAUGGUAACCAUGGUAACAUCUUAUUCUAAUGAAAUGUAGAUUUUUAUUUUCUACUUUUGAUGAUUAACAUCCUAUAAAAAAAAUUUUAAGAGAACCCAACCAAAACNAAUGUGAGCCCUGCCUGCUCGGACGCCUCUCCAGCCAGUGUCUCUGAUGUUGGGGUUAGUGCCUUAGAGGGUACUGGGAGUCCAGCCUUCCUGUUCCAUUGUUGGAACUGAAGCCAACUCUGUCCUGUGCCACAAGGAGCCCACCCUCAGCAGCCUGGGCCACCAGGUUCCCACAGGAAGGGCUGGAGUGGCCAGGAAGUCUCGUGUGCACACUUCUGGAAGGGAACCUUUACAUACGGGCUUUCCAAAGUUUACAUUUUCAUUUUCCUUUAUCAGGGAUUUAUGGGGUUGGGAGGGGACAAGGGGAUGCCUGACAGCAUAUUUUCUGUGAGAAUAUGUUUGGCAAGUCGUUCUUCAAUUGUGGUUUAGAAGGGAAAAAAAAAAAAAAAGAAAGAAAGAAAAACCACCACCACCAACCCGACUCUGCCAAUCUAGGGAGGGUAUUGUAGUGUUGUCAGUCUUCCGGGCGCAGAGGCACUGCAGGGAAGAAAACACAAAAAAGACGCAAGGAUGGCAAGGCUGUCUGAAGCUGGUACACAAAGAGAAGGAAAAGAAACAUGGCUAUGUGGCAGACAGUCUCCCCUCCCUCUGGUAGGAGCCCCCCCCCUGCCCCAUGGGUAUCUGAAACUCAAUUAGCCAGGCAGCCCCCACCACCAAAGCACUUCCNGAUCAAAGUGUCUAACACGGAGCAGUGUAUUUCUGAUCCAAACAGGGGAUUGCGGUUCAUCUUUCCUGUCUGACUUCCCUGCGUGAACCCUGGGUCCUGGGUGGGAUGGCUCUGUCCCUCAGACAGCUGGAGACAUCUACACUGAUUUGCUUGGCUUGGGUGGGAGCUGCCUGUCUAGAGGCCCAGUAUGGAAUGGUUGGUCCCAUUCCCAGAGCUUCUUUGGAUGGUCUGGAGAUUAUCAGCCAGGCCAUAGGGAGGUGGGCGAUGGCCACCCUCAGCCUCGGGGAGCNGAGUAGCUACACUGUAUUGUCAGUGUGUUUGCACUUUUCAGACCUUCUAGCUGGUACAGAUUGUAUAUUGAUAGUACAUAUCGAUUUGUUUAUGUCUUUGAGAUAAAGACUGGAAACUUGAGAAUAUAUAUAUUUGGAAUAUAAUGUUAGAGCAUUUUUUUCUGUACAUGUGUUAAGAGCCUUCAGUCCAUGUGUGCUUCAGGGGUCACCGGUUCCAGUAUCUUCUUGAGAAAGUGUCUACAUUGCUCUUUUAUUGCCCCCAAUUUGAUACACCCUCCAUUUGAUGUUUUGGUAUUUGGAGUUGAUCUCUGAUCUAAAGCUGUACCAUACGCAGGAUGUCAGUUGUGGUGUGACUGAAUGUACUUGCAUCAAUAAAAGAACAUGUUGCUCUUC